CACUACAUGUCAUAAUGAGUGCUACGUUACUUUCUCCCGAACCAAAACAUAAACCAAAAAAAAAUUUCAAAUUUUUAAAAAUUAGAUCACACAGCUCACUCUCCAACAAAUGACUGGCAUUCCCGUAAUUCCAACCAAACCCCAGGGUCAAUCAUUCACAAAUUCCAGAUUUAUAUAUAAAAGAUGGUCCGCCAAAAGUAAAACGAUGAGGCAUCAGCAUGCCGCCGGUGGUACCACACCAACACAUACAUGAUACAUAUAUAUAUAUACUGAUUCUUCUUCUUCACAUCCGCAUAUCAGAGUUGAAGAAUUCUAAAGUUGACUUCAUGUUCUUUGAAUCCAUGUGUUAAUGGCUUCAAAAUCAUUAAAUUGAAUUGAAUUUUUAUUUUUUGGUGAUGAAUUGAAAAUUUUGAACAGUGUUAUACAUAUAUAUUUAUAUAUAUAUAUAUGCGAGUGUGAUUAGAUCGAAGCGAUGUUGUGCAGAAAAGAUUCGACUAGGAGUAUAAGCGGAUCGGUGCCGGUGUACUUGAACGUUUACGAUCUAACCUCCAUUAAUGGCUACGCUUACUGGCUCGGUCUAGGGGUCUACCAUUCCGGUGUUCAAGUUCAUGGAGUUGAGUUUGCUUUUGGAGCUCAUGAGUAUCCAACGACUGGGAUUUUCGAAGGAGAGCCAAAACAAUGCGAUGGGUUUACGUUUAGGAAGUCGAUUUUGAUCGGAUGGACGGAUAUGAGUCCCACGGAGGUAAGAAGUUUGAUGGAGGAGUUUGCUGAUAAGUACAAAGGGAAUGCAUAUAACCUCAUCAGCAAGAAUUGCAACCAUUUCUGUAAUGAUGCUUGUAUCAGACUCGCUGGGACUCCUAUCCCCAGCUGGGUUAACCGGCUCGCUAGAAUCGGUUUGUUUUGUAAUUGUGUUAUUCCGGCAAGCUUAAAUUCAACUAGAGUUCGGCAUCACCAAAUCAAAGAUAAGCCCCAUGAGGAAGACAAAAAGAAACUUAGAAGCCGCUCGAAUAGAUUUCCAUCAUCAUCCAAUUCUUCAUCCUCUUCAUCAUCAUCUCCUCCUGUUGCCACUGCAACCAAAAGUAGUAGAAGCAGACGUUCUCAUCCUCCAUCGUCGCCUUUGAUUCUUGGUCCUCCGUCCUCGUAGCAGGCUCUAAGAAGAAGGGUCACUGUCAAAAUAUAAUCUUUAGUUCUUCAAUUAUUCUUUUCUUGUGAUCUUUAAUCCUAACAGCUUCUUGAGAAGCCUCGCGCAAUCUGAAAUUGUAAAUGCUUUCUUUAAACCUUUGGAAAUGAUGAUGCUUCUAUGCGGUGCUAUGAGUUGAAAAAUCUAGCCAAGGCUUUAAUCGGUUUAUUGUGUGAGAACUCUUGCAAUUAUUUCAUAAAUUUUGUGAAAAGAUAGCUCAACUACACAAAAGCCUUUUUUCAA